AUGGAUACAGGACAGCCGGCUCGCUGGCCACGAGUCUCGCCUCGUCGCCUCGGUUCUCCCAAAGCACUGGAAAUCGAGGCCGCAGCCAGUCCUUCUGCCGGUCCUGCUGCUGCUGCUCGUAGCGACUCCCCUCGAAACCGUGCCGACUAUUUCCAGCACUGUUUCGCAUCGUUUCCUAAUGUGCUACUGAGCCACGCAGGUCUCAACGCAUUGCUGAGUCGCGCCUCUGCCGACGUCCUCCCCCUCAACCUUGGCCCACCUGCUAGAACUCAAGCACGCACCUCUUGA